UCAAUCAAUACGCAGUGUCAUAAUCACUCAUUUUCCACACAUUAUACUAGUUUAUUGCUUUCAGAGCGUUAAAAUCAGCCAGAAACUUUCAAAAUAACUUAAAUCAAUGGGGUCCCGCUCAGUUUUGCAAGUUUUUCAUAAUUAUCAGAAAGCACGAACUACAUUCACCCAAACCAUUGCUGAAUUAGCUUUGAAACCUGCUAAUAUUGAGAGUUUAUACGAAGCAAACGUUUUGGAAUUAUUAAAACCGUUGAUAAACGAUGUCUGCCCGAGUAUUCGUCAAUGUGCCGCUGUUGCAUUGGGUAGAUUGGUCGAAAACCACCCUGAAGCUGCAGCUACAACCUUGAAUUCGAAUUUGUUACCCACUUUGCUUUCAGAAUUAGAUUCCCCUAAUAAAUACAUGAAAAAAUCAGUAUUAUACGUGAUUCGCUCAGUAUGUAAAAACGACGCCGCCUCCGCCGACGCUUUGGUACAAGCCGGAGGCCUUACAUCGUUAAUUUACGCAAUGGGAGACUUUGAACCAAUGGUCAAAGAAAGCGCCCUCUGCGCCGUGGGAUACAUCGCAAAACACAACAAAGAACUCGCACAGACUGUCAUUGACGCCGGUGCCAUACCAUCCAUUGUUCUAUGCCUACAAGAACCGGAAGUCAACAUGAAACAAGUAGCUGCGUCCGUUUUAGCGGACAUCAGCAAACACUCUAUGCAACUCGCACAACACGUUGCUGAUUGUGGUGCUAUUCCACACCUAGCCAAAGCAAUUUCCAAUCCAGACGCUAAACUAAAACGUGUUGUGUUUAAUACACUAUCAAACAUCGCAAAACACUCGCUGGAAAUGGCGGAAACUGUCGUUGAAUGUAAUACAUUCCCCAAUACACUUGUACAUCUUGCACACUCUGAUUCAAAAGUACGUAAAGCCGCAGCGACGUUAAUCCGGGACGUGGUGAAACAUUCACUGUCCAUGUCACAAAUGGUGGUUAAUUUAGGAGGUAUCGGCGCCAUCUUGGAGUGUCUCACCAGUGACUCCUGCACGAAUGAAGAAAAAGUACCUUGUUUUGUUGCACUGGGUUACAUGGCAGGGCAAAACGAUCAAAUUGGUUUAUCUGUGAUCAAUUGCAAAGGCGUAGACAUGAUGGCGGAAGCAUUAUACUCCGAAGAUGAGGUUUUAGUGUCUGUGGCAGUGUGGGCGUUGGGACAAACAGGGAAACAUAGCCCGGAACAUGCAAAGGCACUAGCAGCAAGAGAAAUAUUCCCUAAAUUAAUGGAGAUUUACACUGAUCCCAGAACAAGUCUAGAUUUACAAGAAAAAACAAAAAACGCGCUUAAACAAGUCCUGCAAAAAUGUAUGGUUGUCUCUGCCUUGGACCCAUUAAUCCAGGAUGCUCCACCAUCCAUGUUGAGAUAUGUAUUAGGGCAGUAUACCAGGAUCCUACCCCAUGAUCCAAAAGCACGUAGAAUGUUUGUAACAUCCGGAGCGUUAAAAAAACUCCAGGAAAUCGAAGCAGAACCCGGAUCAGCCCUAACCGAAUACAUAUCAUUAAUCAACGCAUGUUUCCCGGAUGAAAUCGUGCGUUAUUACUCGCCUGGAUAUUCCGAUCAACUACUAGAUAUGGUUGAGCAAUACGCACCGGAAGCCAUGUCGACCAUCCUGCGUGAAGCGCGCAUGAUGACAUCCGAGAUGCAAACAGAUACUGGUUACGUCCUGGAUGAAACUACGUCAUCAGCCAGUCAGGAUAUAGCCAAUGCAAUGGCUGUCUAAAACCAAUACAAUCUCAAAAUGAAAACAAAUUGAAUUUUAAAAGAAUUUUUAAAAUCGGUUGAAUAGUUUAGGAGAUAUUCAUGAUUUUGUGUUUUUAUGCUCCGCCUACUUGCACAUGCGCAUUACUAAUGUAGGCGGAGCAUAAAAAAUACAAAAUCAUCAAUAUCUCCUAAAGCAUUCAACCGAUUUUAAAAUUUCUUUCAAAAUUAUUCAUAAAAUUACAUUUUGCAUCACAUCCAAGUACAAGCAACAAUAAAAUCGCAUUAUUUAACGUUGUAAA